CAAAACUCCCAGCCUUUGCGGUGGUUCCUUUGAGGUUGCUUAGACUUGGCUUUUAUCGGCUUUUAAUAUACGUGACCGUUGUCUAGCGCCGCAGAUGGCGAGGGAUCUGAUCGGGCCGGCUCUACCCCCCGGCUUCAAGACCCACGGGACAGCGGAGGACGAAGAGCGGGACCCCAGCCCGGUUGCAGGACCAGCCCUUCCCCCUAAUUACAAAAGGAGUAGUUCCGAGUCAUCAGACAGUGAUGAAGACAGCAGCUCUCUAUCUGAAGAAGGAAAUCAAGAAUCCGAAGAAGAUGACAGUGGCCCAACUCCCAGAAAACAGAAGAGAAAUCAGGAUGAUGACAACGAUGAUGAUGAUAACGAUGACGAUGAAGGGUUUUUUGGACCAGCCCUUCCUCCUGGAUUUAAAAAGCAGGAUGAUUCUCCUCCAAGGCCUAUAAUUGGUCCUGCACUACCUCCUGGUUUUAUUAAAUCUACUCAGAAGAGUGAGAAAAGCAGAGAGGAUCCUGGACAACAGUUACCAUCACAUCUCAACUCUGAGAAGGAAACAGAUAGCAGCGAAGAGGAGGACAUCGUGGGCCCAAUGCCGGCAAAGGGACCAGUCAACUAUAGCGUAACGGCAGAGUUUGAAAAGAGGGCCCAGAGAAUGAAAGAAAAACUCACCAAAGGGGAUGACGAUUCAUCUAAACCAUUUGUGAGAGAAUCAUGGAUGACUGAGCUUCCUCCAGAAAUGAAAGACUUUGGCUUGGGGCCCAGGACAUUUAAAAGAAAAGCUGAUGACAAAUCCGGAGACCGGUCAGUCUGGACAGACACCCCAGCUGACAGGGAAAGGAAGGCCAAGGAGACACAAGAAGCAAGGAAGUUGUUUAAUAAGAAGGAUGAAGAGCAUGUCUUGUCAGGAAGGGAAAAGAGAUUGGCUGAGCAGGUGUCCUCGUACAAUGAAUUAAAAAGGUCAGAAUCUCUUAUGGACAUUCAUCACAAAAAAUUAAAGAAUAAAGCUGCUGAAGAGAAAAAUAAGCCCCAAGAAAGAAUACCAUUUGACCGUGAUAAGGACCUCAAAGUCAAUCGGUUUGAUGAAGCUCAGAAAAAAGCUCUAAUAAAGAAAUCUAGAGAACUGAACAGCAGAUUUUCACAUGGCAAAGACAAUAUGUUUUUAUAAGGGGACCUGAUGAGAUGCUGGGGAUCAAAUCCAAGUCGGCUGUGUGCACGGCAAGUGCCCUACCUGCUGUACUAUUGUUCCAGCCUCUGAUUUGACUUUCUCAAGAUUAAAGACUGCUUUCGUCUCAAAAACCAUAAGAACACCCCUUGUUCUGUAUGACCAUUGAAGUCUUAUGGAAAUGUGAAAUCAAUAUUCCUUAUGUAGAAUAGACUUUUCUAUCUAGCUUCUAAGGAAGCAUGGUC